AUGAGAAACCCUAACUUUUUCCCCUUUCAGAGGACUUACGAACAGAGAGAAGAAAAGCUAGAUGAAGAGCAUGUGAGGUUUCUUGAAAGCUCUUCUGAGAUUCUCUGCAUUCCAAGUGAACGCGAUGCACUUCUGAGGUUCAAACAUCAUCUCCAAGAUCCUUCAAAUAGACUCUCUUCUUGGAAUGCUUCCAAUCCCAAUUGCUGCCAUUGGGAAGGAGUUGUUUGCAGUAAUGUAACUGCCCACAUUCUACAGCUUCACCUCAACACUUCACUGCCUCCUUCUGACGAUGAUGAUCUUGAUUAUUACCCUUAUUUGGAAUAUCCUGAAGCUUCUGAAGCUUAUUUGAGGUCGAGGUUUGGUGGUGAGAUAAAUCAUUCUUUGGUUGAUUUGAAGCAUUUGAGUUACUUGGAUUUGAGUGGCAAUUAUUUUGGAGGUAAGCAAAUUCCUAGUUUCCUUGGUGCAAUCACCACUUUAACUUACCUUAACCUCUCACGUGCUGGAUUCGAUGGGAAUAUUCCUCAUGAAAUUGGGAAUCUCUCCAAUUUGCUGUAUCUUGAUCUCAGCGGUGCUGCCAGUGGAGAAAUUCCAUAUCAAAUUGGGAACCUCACGAAUUUGCUCUAUCUUGACCUUGAAAAUGAUUACUAUGAACCUCUGUUUACCGAAAAUCUUCAUUGGCUUUCAGGUCUUUCAUACCUUCAAUAUCUUGAUUUGAGUUAUUUACACUUGCAAGAAUGUACGCUCAAUCAUCAUAAUCAACCAUCAACAGUAAACUUUUCAUCUCUCAUCACUCUUGAUCUUUCUAAAAUAAAUUAUCCUGAUGGGAUUUCUCUUGUCCCAAAGUGGAUAUUUGGACUGAGGAAACUUGUUUCUCUUCAAUUGAGAGGAAAUAACAUCCAAGGUCCUAUUCCUGAUGGUAUUCAAAACCUCACACUUCUUCAAAAUCUCGAUUUGUCUUUCAAUUUAUUCUCAUCUUCUAUGCCUGAUUGGUUAUACAGUCUUCAACAUCUCAAGAUCUUGAACCUAGGAUCGAAUGCGUACUUGUGUGGGUCUAUUUCUGAUGACCUGGGAAAUUUGACUUCUCUUGUUGGACUCGAUUUGUCAGGUAAUCAACUUGAAGGAAAAAUUCCAUCUUCUUUGGGAUACUUAACUUCUCUUGUUGGACUUGAUUUUUCAGAAAAUAAACUUGAAGGAAAAAUUCCAUUUUCUUUUGGUAAUCUUUCAUCAUUAAGAUUGCUUGAUCUGUCAAAAAAUCAAUUGAAUGGAAAUCCAUUUGAAAUGUUUAGAUCGUUCUCUAAAUUGUCAAUCCUUUUAGUUGAUGACAAUCUAUUUCAAGGAGUUGUCAAGGAAGAUGACCUUGCAAAUCUUACGAGAUUAAAAAAGUUUUAUGCAUCAGGGAACAAUUUCACUUUAAAAGUGGGUCCCAAUUGGCACCCUAGUUUUCAUCUUAGCGAAUUGAAAAUGAACUCCUGGCAGUUAGGUCCCAGCUUUCCCUCAUGGAUUCACUCACAAAAGAAUCUUAUUGAUUUGGAUAUGUCUAACACAGGGAUUUCAGGUUCUAUCCCCACCUGGUUUUGGGAAAUAGUUUCUUAUGCAGCUGAUUUGAACCUCUCUCACAAUCAUAUCCAUGGUGAGCUUGCAAAUAUAUUAAAGAAUCUACCAUCUAUCGAAAUAGUUGAUCUAAGCUCUAAUCAUUUGCAUGGGAAAUUACCUCAUCCAUCUGUUGAUGUGAGUUGGUUAGACCUUUCAAGCAAUUCAUUCUCUGGAUCCAUGACUGAUUUCUUAUGUAGAAAACAAGACCAUCCAAUGACAUUACAAUUUCUCAAUCUUGCAGCAAAUAAUUUAUCAGGGGAAGUACCUGAUUGUUGGAUACUGUGGCCAAAUCUGGUGGAGGUGAUUUUACAGAGUAACCAUUUUGUUGGAAACUUACCCCAAUCCAUGGGUUCUUUAACUGAGCUAGAAUCUUUGAACAUCCGUAACAACACACUGUCUGGAAUAUUUCCUCCCAUUUUGAAGAACACUAAUAAGUUGAUUUCCUUGGACCUUGGGGAAAACAGACUUACAGGAAUUAUUCCAAAAUGGGUUGGAAAAAGGCUUUUGAAUUUGAAAAUUCUUCGCCUUCGGUCAAAUAGAUUUUUGGGUCAUAUUCCUAAUCAAAUAUGUGAUAUGAUUUUUCUUCAGGAUUUGGACCUUGCACAAAACAAUUUGUCCGGAAAUAUACCAAAAUGUUUCAACCACUUGAAUGCCAUGUUGCUAAGCAACAGGAUUAUGGAUUCAUUCAUCCAUACGCAUACAUCUCAUGGCAGUACAAUUAGUACAAUCCUAUGGGUGAAAGGAAGAGAUAUAGAGUACAGAAAUCUUCUUGGCUUGGUUACAAAUGUUGAUCUUUCUAAUAAUAAUUUAUCUGGAGUGAUACCCAGAGAAAUUACAAAUCUAGAUGGAUUGAUUUAUUUGAACUUGUCCAAGAAUCAGUUGAUUGGCCAAAUUCCACCAAGCAUUGGCAAUAUGAGAUCAUUGGAGUCCAUUGAUUUCUCAAGGAAUCGACUUUCAGGAGAAAUCCCUUCAACCAUAUCAAACUUAAGCUUUCUCAGCAGGCUUGACUUGUCUUAUAAUCAUUUAAGGGGGGAAAUUCCAACAGGCACUCAAUUGCAAAGCUUUGAAGCAUCUAACUUUGUUGGCAACAAUCUGUGUGGUCCACCACUGUUCGUCAACUGUAGUUCCAAUCGGCAAAUUCCUGAUGAUGAUCACAAAGGCAAAAAGAGUGAUGGCCAUGAGAUAAAUUGGUUUUUUGUGAGUAUGGCAUUGGGAUUUAUUGGGGGAUUCUGGGUUGUGGUUGCUCCUUUGUUCAUUUAUAGAUCGUGGAGGUAUGCCUAUUUUAAUUUUCUUGAUGACAUGUGGUACAGAAUGCAAUCUUUUUUUAGACUGUAAAAUUGUAA